CGGCUCCUCCUCUUCCAGCAGGCAGCGGCUCUUCAGCUCGAGCCGUGUCCGUGUAACGCGCACGCAAACCCGGCACACUUCUGUCCCCAGUCCCCGCUUAGCGGAGUGAACCCUCGGUGCGAAUUCACUCCGACGUCGCCAUUUUUGUUUGAAUUCGAAUACUCACGAAGAAAGGCUAGUUUUCCGCGUAAAUCUUCCCCGUAACUCAUUGUAUGGUCUCCAGAAACGAGAGCUCCAGGUCUUCACCGGGACACAACGAGGCUAACGGCCCAGAAACUGCUGCUCUUUCCCCCCCCACUGAGGCUGCCGAAGACGCGGCGGUUUAAACGACCGCACACACUAAUUAAUAACGGAAAAAACGGGUUUUCAAGGACAUUUUGGUUGCCAGCGCCGCUAUAACGACGGAUACUAAUGGUGAAAAAAAUGCCACUUUAUCAACAUCUCUAAACCUUUCAGCAAAGGAAACCCUCCAGACUGCUGAGUGCUACAAGACUUCACCUUUUAAAGGAGGUAUGUGCGAUUAGCAACGCAGAAGGUGGGAUCACACGCUCCAUAGCACGGGAAGCCGUUCUUCACCCACACUGAUUCCAGUCCAGCAGGUGUGAAGAUGAGGAAGUUUGCGUACUGUAAAGUGGUACUGGCUACGUCUCUGGUUUGGGUGAUGAUAGAUAUGUUCAUCCUCCUCUACUUCAGCGAGUGCAACAAAUGUGACGACAAGAAAGACAGAGGACUCCCCGGGAGAGAAGAGGUGAUCCCGAGGCCUCAUGAAGGUCCGGGUGAAAUGGGGAAACCGGUGGUGAUUCCCAAGGAGCAUCAGGAGAAGAUGAAGGAGAUGUUUAAGAUCAAUCAGUUCAACCUGAUGGCCAGCGAGAUGAUCGCACUCAACCGUUCACUGCCCGAUGUUCGACUUGAAGGAUGUAAAACAAAGGUGUAUCCAGAUGGCCUGCCACGCACCAGUGUGGUCAUUGUGUUCCACAACGAGGCAUGGACGACGUUAUUGCGCACUGUGCACAGCGUCCUCAACAGAUCCCCCAGACACCUGCUGGAGGAGGUGGUGCUGGUGGAUGACGCCAGCGAGAGAGACUUCCUAAAGAGGAAUUUGGAGCAGUACGUGCGGAUGCUGGAGGUUCCUGUGCGAAUCGUGCGGAUGGAACAGCGCUCAGGUCUGAUUCGUGCUCGCCUAAAGGGGGCGUCACUCUCCACCGGUCAGGUCAUCACCUUCCUGGACGCUCACUGCGAGUGCACCGUGGGCUGGCUGGAGCCGCUCCUCGCUCGCAUCAAGCAAGACAAACGAACGGUGGUGUGCCCCAUCAUUGAUGUGAUCAGUGAUGACACAUUCGAGUACAUGGCAGGCUCGGAUAUGACGUACGGAGGAUUUAACUGGAAACUGAACUUCCGCUGGUAUCCAGUUCCUCAGAGGGAGAUGGACCGCAGAAAAGGAGACAGAACUCUUCCUGUCAGGACUCCAACCAUGGCAGGUGGACUGUUCUCUAUAGACAGAGAUUACUUUGCGGAGAUUGGAACGUACGACGCAGGCAUGGACAUCUGGGGAGGAGAGAACCUGGAGAUCUCCUUCAGGAUCUGGCAGUGUGGUGGGACGCUAGAGAUUGUGACGUGUUCUCACGUGGGACACGUUUUCCGUAAGGCCACGCCAUAUACGUUCCCCGGUGGCACAGGCCAGAUCAUCAACAAGAACAACAGACGCCUGGCCGAGGUGUGGAUGGAUGAGUUUAAGAAUUUCUUCUACAUCAUUUCACCUGGAGUGACGAAAGUGGACUAUGGGGACGUCUCAUCCAGGACAGCCUUGAGACAGAAGCUGCAGUGUAAGCCAUUCUCCUGGUACCUCGAGAACAUCUAUCCUGACUCCCAGAUCCCACGCCAUUACUACUCCCUGGGAGAGAUCCGUAACGUGGAGACUAACCAGUGUCUGGAUAACAUGGCUCGGAAAGAGAAUGAAAAAGUGGGCAUCUUCAAUUGUCACGGAAUGGGAGGCAACCAGGUUUUUUCAUACACAGCCAAUAAGGAGAUUCGAACAGACGACCUGUGUCUAGACGUGUCCAAACUGAACGGGCCUGUAAUGAUGCUCAAGUGCCAUCAUCUGAAAGGCAACCAGCUGUGGGAGUACGAUCCUCUGAAGCUGACCCUGGUGCACGUGAACAGUAAUCAGUGUCUGGAUAAAGCGUCGGAGGACGACAGCCAGGUGCCCAGCGUCAGAGACUGCAGCGGCAGCCGCUCGCAACAGUGGCUCCUGCGCAAUGUCACACUGCCCGAAAUCUUCUGAGCACACAGCGCACGCACAUGAGGACGGACAGAGAGACGCACGGAUGAACGGACACACUCUUCACACCAGCUCUGGUGGCGUUAGAAGAAAAGGAGAGCGAACGAGGGAAGGAGGGAGUGAGCUAGAUAGGGAGAAAGCUGGAUGAUCUCUCUACACUAUCCUUUUACUUACCAAUGGUGUGGUCUUGAGGCAGAGCCAAAAUAACAGACUUACACAUGUACAUUAAUCUCCCCAUCACUCCACUUCACUGACACCCACACAGAGCUGGAGAAAGAGAGAAGAAGAAGAAGAGACUGUAUUUAACGCAGAGAAACUUAGGAUCUGUGGCCUUGUCUUCCUUUAAGGAGCAGAGGGUGAUUAGGUGAUGUUUACCAGUUGCCUCCUUUUUAGAAUAUCAGAAUAUUGUGUGCAUGUGCACGCACGUGUGUGUGUGUGUGUGUGGCUGAAACAGGGACACUGUAUGUGUGGCUACACUCUUGCUUUUUAUUUAAUUCGUUCACAAGUUUAACAAGCAUCGAGCACAUUCAGAUGGCAACACAUAUCAGUAGCUGCUUUCCUCAUCUGUUCUCUGAUUGGUCAACGUAGGAGCCAUGGACUUCCUCUACGACGUAGAUUCAUCUAAUCCUCUAAUUAAGGACGAACAUAAAAUAUCAGAUUAGCGACCAGAGAACAGGGUGACCGUCUUAAUCAAGAAUUACGUCGAAUCUUUUGUCUGUUAUAUAGAUUUUUUUUUUUUUUUUUUUUAGCCUCAGUCAUUCCUUGAAUUUUAAACGUAUUUACUUUAGGUGCUGUUUGCAAAUGUGUUUUUUUUUUUUUUUUUGCUUUCUCUGUAUUUAAGUCCCUCUGGUUAGUAACAGUUACGUUCUACUUAGACAUAGGGAUUUCUUUAAGGAGCGAGAGAGCCGUUAUUUUGACAUGGAAUCAUGUAUCAGUUACAAAUUUAAGGGCUUAGCCUUGACACCAUGUGUGUGUGUGUGCAUUUUCUUUUUUCUGUAUGGAAAUUGUUACUGUUUUAUGUGUGUGUAAAUCCUGUAUUUAAAUCCACACACACACACACAGCAUCACUUUGGUUUGUUUUGUUUUUAUAACCUGUGCAAAGGCCAAAAGAGAUUCAGUUAGCAUAAUACUUAUUUUACUGAUUUAUUUCAUUCAGUUAUUCACUCAUUUAAUUGACUUUUUGUAUUGCUUUGUAAAAUCGUGUGAUUCGUUAAAGUUUUGUGUCUGUACUUUGUUCUCAUAUCAAUGGAGGCUGCAAAAAAAAAAGAAAAAAGAGAUAAAAAAAAAAAGAGAAUGCUGCUUAGCACUGACUGUGGAUGUGAAAGACAGACGCCCUGCUCCCCGCUUCAACGUCUCACCCUCUGCUAUCUGGACAAAGGACAAACAGGACAUUUUCUCACAGGAUAGAGACUCGGACGGCAUGAUGGAAAGGAAUAAGAGCAAGCGGAUACUCUUUUGUGUGUGUAGUAGGUCAGAAAGGGACAUCAGAGAGUUCUACCCAUCAUCCCACUCCUUUAGUCCCUUAUGGACAACUAGAGUUUACACAGAUUUUCCCCCUUCCUCUGAUGUGACCGGGUUUCAUCUCUACAGAGGUGUGUGUGUGUGUGUGUGUGAGAGAGAGAGAGAGAGAGAGCAACAGCAGCAUGCAUGUGUGUUAAUGUUUUUAACUGUCAGAGGGAUUAUUUUUUUUUUCUUUAAAGCUGAAUGAUGGUGUGGCCUGAUGAUUGACAGGACACAGAACACAGAGCUUGAUCCACAGGCUGGAGAAAUAAACUAGAGGAAGUUUACAGUCCAGCAGA